AUGGUUCUCCCUUCUUUCUCAGCAUGGCCUGCAGUGACAGCAGCAUGCAUCGCUGUCGCCAUUUUGAUCACAGUCGUCUAUCGCUGGCUUCUUCAUCCGUUGAGGUCGUUCCCAGGUCCCUGGACUCAUGGGAUAACAGACAUACCGAGCGCUCUGAAGCUAUCGAACGGUGUUCAGCAUUGCCACUAUUACGACCUCUAUCGCAAAUAUGGCCCGGUCGUGCGUGUGGCACCAAACGAGCUUCUUUUCACGAGCGCUGACGCGUGGGGGAUAUUUAUGGGUACCAAAGGAAAGGUGAUGGAGAGGAGUCCUAACUUCAUUGGUGUAGCUUCGCCUAUGAAUGGAUAUGUCGGUGUGGGUCUUGCGAGAGGCAAAGAACAUACUCGCCAGCGCAAAGCUCUUGCACCAGCCCUCUCAAAGAACGCGCUGUAUGGACAGGAAGAGAUCAUCCAGCGUCAUAUAUCCGCCUUGAUUGAAGCAUUACACAAGACGGUCGCCGAGGGCGAUGCAGCCAACAUGUCGGACUACUACCUUUCGUAUGGCGAACCAUUUGGAUGCCUCGCACAAGGCUCAGCGACUGAAUGGGCUAAAUCUAUCAUCAACGUCACAAUAUAUGCCACCUAUGACCAAGCUAUCAGAAGGGUGGCUGGUGUGGAUACUUGGUUCAGAAAUCUCAUCAUCAAGGCCUUCGUGCCGACAGAAGUCGCCAAGUGGAUAGUCUUGCAUGUGCAAAAGUCGAAAGAGAAGACACUGCAGAGACUGGCCGACACAACGAACAAGGAUGUCAUCCACCAUCUACUGCAGAACGAAGACUCCAAGAAGGCGCUCUCAUCCACCGAGAUCAUCCUCAAUAUGAUUCUGUUCGCCAGUGCAGGAUCUGAAACGACCUCGAUCACGCUUACCGCUUGGACGUAUCUAAUUUGCACCCACAAGAACGUGUAUGACCGACUAUGCACAGAGAUCAGAUCUGCUUUCAAGACGAGAGAUGAGAUCAAAGUUGACUCUGUCAUGAAGCUGCCGUAUCUCGGCGCCACCAUCAACGAGGCACUGCGUCUGUUCCCAGCCGGCGCAGUGGCUAUGCAACGCGUGGUCCCAACCGGCGGCGCCACGAUCGAUGGACAUUACGUACCGGCUGGGACUACUGUCGCGAUAUCGCCCUGGGUUGCCGGUCGUUCGCCAUCGAACUUCCAUGAUGCCGACGCCUUUCGACCGGAGCGCUGGCUCCAGGAAGAUCCAGAAUUCGCAGAACAUCGUCUCAAUGCUUCGAGACCCUUUGGCUACGGACCGAAGAAGUGCAUUGGCGAAGAACUCUCAUUUUUGGAGAUGAGACUCAUCGGAUCGCAUCUGUUGUCUACCUUUGACCUUGAGCUUGACAUGUCAGGCGAUCGGCGGAAAGACAAUGAGGCGUGGUGUUUGACACCGCGGCCUGAGACGAUCAAGCUCUAUCAGGUACUGCUGAAGCCCAAUCUCUGGGUGCGGCUCAUCAAGAGGUGA